UUACGUGCUUCCAUUUAUAUACCAACCUUCUACCAAUCCAAUGCCUCAUCACACUCUUCUACUCUUUACUUUCUAUACCACUGCUAAAAGCUCUCAACCUUUUUCCUUCAAUCAAUUACCCUGGCUUUCCCAACCAUGGAUGUUUUCAGCUUGCUCAAGUUCUGGAGAAACGCUGCUGCCGGUGAUCCAACCGUCACCGGAGACUUUGAUUCCUCAAUCGACGAUGAAGAAUCCUUCUUCGAUUUGGUUUUCACGAACCCUGCUGAUGAGGACGAUAACUCUUGCUUUGGCGGUUUCCAAGUUGAUGCCGGUCAUUCAAAUUCGAGUUUCAGGUUUUCAUCCCCUGGUGACGUUUAUUUGAACAAUAAGCGGAAGAUUUUGCCUAUCAAUUCAACCAAUACGAAAACUCCUCAAUCUCCUCUUCGAACCUUCAUGCUAGGGUUUCAGAAUAAUAACAAGUCGAAAUUGGAGAAGAAGGAAACCAGCUGCGAGAUCGAAGAGGUUAAGAUCGGUUCAAUGCUGAAAAGAGAUAACAGCUUGAGGCAGAAAUUGAGGACGGAGAAGCUUCUGGAAAACGAUCAGAUGCCUUCAAAGCGUUUCUCCAAGGACGUGGUUAACAAGUAUUUGAAUCUAAUGAAGCCGUCUUACGUAAAGGUUUCAAAGAGGAAUAACGAGAAGUCGAAUUUAUCAGAGAAGUCUGUCACGCCGUCGUCAUCUCCGGCUUCAUCAGUAUUCUCUCCGAGAAAGGAAGAAAAAAGAGGCGGUGGUCGUGGUGCCGUGUUCAGAGAGGUUCGUAAGCAUUUAGGAAAGAGCCGUUCGGCGUCCGCAAUCCUACAAACGCCGGUGACGAAGAGUGAUGAUUCAGCACUAGAGCAACAGGAUGGAAUCCAAAACGCCAUACUCCAUUGCAAGAGAUCAUACAACUCACCUUCACAAGAAUGUUGUGUUCUUUCAAGAUCUGGAAGUGCUCCAUCAAACAAUCAGCCACGAAUCUCAAUUGAAGAGGAGAACAGAAGCAGCAUUUGAAGCAUAACCAACUUAGAUUUUGUUCUGUGAAAAACUAACUCAUGUAGUUAACUACUCCUAGUAAAAUCGUAGGCGGGUGAAAACCUCCAUGGAAAGAGAGGCUGUAAAGCUUUGAAAGAAGCAAAGAAAAUCUUUUGCUUGUUUGUGCAGUGGAAAUUUGAACUUUUUUCUGUUUGA